GUGCGCUGGAGGAGCGCGGCGGCCGAAGGCGCGGGCAGGGCCGGGGACGUGGUAGCCACCCCGGCCACCAGAAAGUUUCCUGGAAGUUUGCUGGGCGUCGGCGCCACACCGACUGACAGGAUCAUGAACGUGUUCCGAAUCCUCGGCGACCUGAGCCACCUCCUGGCCAUGAUCUUGCUCCUGGGGAAGAUAUGGAGGUCCAAGUGCUGCACCGGCAUCUCUGGGAAAAGCCAGAUCCUUUUCGCUCUGGUCUUCACCACUAGGUACCUGGACCUGUUCACCAACUUCAUCUCCAUCUACAACACUGUGAUGAAGGUGGUUUUUCUCCUCUGUGCCUAUGUCACAGUGUACAUGAUCUACGGGAAAUUUCGGAAAACUUUUGACAGUGAGAAUGAUACAUUCCGCUUGGAGUUUCUUCUGGUCCCAGUCGUUGGCCUUUCCUUCCUUGAGAACUACAGUUUCACUCCCCUGGAGAUCCUCUGGACUUUCUCCAUCUACCUGGAGUCAGUAGCCAUCCUACCCCAGCUCUUCAUGAUCAGCAAAACUGGAGAGGCCGAGACCAUUACGACUCACUAUCUGUUCUUCCUGGGUCUGUACCGGGCUCUCUAUCUGGCUAACUGGAUCAGGCGGUACCAGACUGAGAAUUUCUAUGACCAAAUUGCAGUGGUGUCUGGAGUAGUACAGACCAUCUUCUACUGUGACUUCUUCUACUUGUAUGUGACCAAAGUCCUUAAAGGAAAGAAGUUAAGUCUUCCAAUGCCAAUUUGAGGGUUCCUGGAGAUCUCUAUAGUCAAGGACAUGAAUUGCAAACUAUUUUCAAAGUUCUCCUUGGCAACUUAUCCAUGACUUGAAUCAAACGUUAAAGCUAGAAAAAAUGCUUAGUGUGGAUUUCAACAAAGCACUGAUCGUUUUCUCUGUAAGAUCUUCUUGUCAAUAGGAUCUCCCUUAAAUACCCAUUAUAGAGAUAAUUAAGAGCUGGGCCCACCGUGCAACUGGAACAAGCAGUCUUAAGGUGACUUCUCA